AUGGGCCUCCAGGGCUGGCAGAGCCCCCUCUGCUGGGGCAUGGGCCUUAGCAGGAGCCUUCUGGACACGGAGGAUGAACUUUGCAACAUCCAGUGGGAUUCUAUGCCUGUGGACGUGCGGGAGUGGUUGACUGGCACUUUUGCAAAGAAAAAAAACCCAUACAGAAACAAUCUGGAGGAAACAGCAAGUGUGCGAGCUAUUUCAUAUACAGUCCACACUGGUGUUUCAGUAGAAAGGAAGUUCCGGGCAAAUACCAGCUCAGUCGGCAUGGCUUAUUCUCUGGAAGUAGUACAAGCUUUUAAGGAUGUUGAUAAUUGGGAUUUUAAUGUGUUUACCUUAAAUGAAGCUAGUGGAGGGCAUGGUUUGACAUGUAUCAUGUGUGAGCUGUUCAGCAAAUAUGACCUACUGAGCCAUUUCAAGAUCCCUCUUACCUGCCUAGUUUCAUUUGCAAAAGCUCUAGAGGUUGGCUACAACAAAUACCAAAACCCCUAUCACAAUUCAGUCCAUGCCACAGAUGUUACCCAAACUGUGCACAGCAUCAUGCUUCACACUGGAAUCAUGCACAAAUUCACUGACCUGGAGAUAUUAGCAAUUUUUUUCAGCACAUCAAUCCAUGAUUAUGAACACACUGGGACCACAAACCAUUUCCAUGUUGAGACCAGAUCAGAAACUGCACUUUUAUAUAAUGAUAAAUCUGUUCUUGAAAACCAUCAUGUGAGUGCUGCUUACCAUCUUAUGGAGAAUGCAGAUAUGAACAUUCUAGCCAGUUUAACCAAAGAUGAAUGGAGGGAACUACGUCGUCUAGUCAUUAUGAUGGUUUUAUCUACAGAUAUGUCAUACCAUUUCCAGCAAAUGAAUUCUGUGAAACAUUGUCUGCGAUAUCUGCGACAAAUGGAAAGGGAACACAAAGAUAAAAUCAUGUCCAUGAUUGUACAUGUAGCUGACAUAAGUCAUCCAGCAAAGCCGUGGGUGUUACACGAACAGUGGGCACGAGCAUUAAUGGAAGAAUUCUUUAAACAGGGAGACAGGGAAGCUGCAUUAGGGUUGCAAAUUUCUUCACUCUGCGAUCGCCAGACUACCAAUAUUGCUGAAUCUCAAAUAGGCUUUAUUGAUGUCAUAGUAAAACCAAUAUUUGCUCUUCUACUUGAAGCUCUGAAUAUAAUUGUUGCACCUCUCAUACAAGCUGCUGCUAAAUCUCAGUGUGUUUCUUCCUCCAAAUCAUCACGCCGAAAGACAUCCACAGGAGUACGCAAAGAUGAGAAGAAAGAAAAUCCUAAUAGGCCCAAAGUUGAACAUCCAACUUGCUCAGAAAGGCAGCUUUUGGCUACACUAAAGAAACCAAGCUUUAGGGAACACUUGAUGCUGAAUAUUCAAGCAAACCGAAAUAAGUGGAAGGAGAGUCAGGUGACCACAGCUAAAGAGGAAUUAGUAGAUAAUCAGAGUUCUUGGAGAACAGCUGCUGAACGGAACAUACAUUCAAACAUACAGGAAAUGAGAAGCAUGGUUCCAAAAUCAAAACCACUGAGUCCUAAUGAAAGCGAUGAUGUCAUCAUCGAGGAAUUUAUACCAGAUGACCCUCAGCCCAUGCUGACAACCACACUCGCGGGACGGAGCAGGAGAGUCGCCGCAGGCGGCUCCUCGCAGCACCUGCCUGCUGCUCCCACGCCUGGCGCUGCUGGCGGCGUCAGCAGGAGCGAGCGGCGGGCGAUCCGGGCCGCGAGGCAGAGCAGCCUCGCGCUGAGCUUCCGAGCCAGGGCGGCGCAGCAGCACCGCUGGCCCGGCAGCGCUAUGGCCAGGCAGUGGGGGAGCGCCUUCCCGCCUUCGGUGACGUGCUCGCGACUGCACAGCCUCCUCGGGAGAACGCGAUGCCCCGUGUGCAGGCCCCUGCCCUCUCCAGCCGCGGCGCUCGCGUUACCGCGCCAGCCGGGGGUGGGAGGGCGAGCAGGGGUCGGCCGCUGGCCCUUCCCAGGUCCUGAUUGGAAGCGGAAUGCGCACGGGGUAGGCAAAGGGACGGGGAGAAGCGCCUCCGCCGCCGCCCCCCCCCCCCGGCAAGUACCCCCUCUGCCCACACUCGCCAGCGCUAUGCCUCGCUGCGCGCCUCCGUCGCCGCUCUGCCGCGUGACGGAAAGGACGAGCGGUGCGCCGCUGGCCUCCAAGGACAGGCGGCUGGAGUGA